AUGCGGAUGCCAGUCUGCUCCUUAUCUAUCUAUCUAUCUAUCUAUCUAUCUAUCUAUUUCAGUCUGUUCGUAUCUAUCUCUCUUUAUCUCUAUUUAUCUAUAUAUUUAUUGCAGUCGGUUCCUUAUCUAUCUAUCAAUCUGCUCAUUAUCUAUCUCAGUACUGAUUGUGGAUACGUAUGCAUGAGUUUAUUUUUUCUCUCUCACAAACACACGUUCUCUCUCUCUCUCUCUCUCUCUCUCUCUCUCUCUCUCUCUCAAUCUCUCUCAAUCUCUCUAUGCAUGUGUGUGCGUGUAAAAAUUAAGUUCAUCGAUGCACCUGCUGCUGUAGCUUCUCCUUGUGCGUGUUGUCAUAACAACACUGACGUCACAGCCGCCCAGUCCACAGACUCUGUGAAAAGUCUUCUGCUCAUUACUUAUCUAUCUAUCUAUUGCAAUCUGCCCAUUUUACCUAUCUAUCUAUCAAUCUAUCUAUUUUGGUCUUUUCGUAUGCACCUAUUUCUCUCUCUCUCUCUUUCUCUCUCUCUCUCUCUCUCUCUCUCUCUCUCUCUAUCUAUCUAUCUAUCUAUCUAUCUAUCUAAAUAUAUAUAUAUUGCAUUCUGCUCAUUGUCUAUCGAUCUAUUUCAAUCUGUUCUUAUCUAUUUAUUUCUCUCUCUCUUUAUCUAUCUAUCUAUCUAUCUAUCUAUAUGCGGGUCGUGA